AUGCAUCGAUUACUCGGGGAUUGGAGCGACAAGAUUACGUUCGGGGAGAAGCCGAUAUCGAUUCCGGCGAAGAACGAUCGAUACAAGGCCGUCCUCUACGAUGGCGACAUGCUACUCUCACCUGGGCAGCUGCAAAAAAUUGCCGACAAUGCGAUUGCCCUCGUCGCCCGUCUCUCCGUGCUGCGCGCCAUCCGAUUCUGGGCCGCGCAUACGUGCAUCAAGUUCCGACCGCGCACCAAGGAAAGCUUCUUUUUGAGGUUUGUGGGCUACGAGAGCGGGUGCUGGUCAGCUGUGGGGAGAGAUGACACGGAGCCCAUACAGAUUGUCAGCAUUGGAAGGGGAUGCGAGCAUUUUGGUGUCACGAGCCACGAGCUGGCGCAUGCCCUCGGCGUCUUCCACGAGCAGUCCCGGCACGAUAGGGACAAAUUUGUCACCCUGAAUUCGAGAGCCGUCGACCGAGAUAUAUUGUACAAUUUUGCAAAGAUCGGGCCCCACGAGCUGGCCACGUACCAACUACCGUAUGACGUCGGGAGUGUCAUGCAUUACGCGCCGACAGAAUUCUCCAAAAUCCGAAACGUCGCAGCGUUGAGCGCGGUCGACCCCUUCCUGCAACAAUCGAUGGGCUCCAUGGACAAACCAACAUUUUUGGAUGUCCUGGCCUUGAAUAUUCAUUAUCGAUGUACGGGUAAG